AUGCUGCGAUGGAAAUCCAAUACUAACGAGAGCUCAAAAUCUUUUCGCGUGCUAUUGAAUGAUGCACCCUAUUCCGACUUUGAAGAUAGCGUUGAGAAUAAAAUGUACUUUACUGAAAUUACUGAUCUUAUGCCAAACACAGUGUAUCAAGCCAUGGUGAUAAUAUGUCCAUCAAAUGAAAAAGAUCUGACCAAAUGCGAACAGUUUUCGAAGCCAUCUGCUUCUGCUUCAACAUAUCCAAAAGCUCCCGAAGAAUUUACAGCUGAAGCUGUUGACAGUACAGCUAUCAAGUUUGCUUGGACUCUGCCAAAUCAAACGUUCGAGCACCUACUAGUGGUUGUAAGAGCGUCAGCCCCCGACUCAGCUGGUGUUUCAAAAGUUGACCCAAGCUUGAACACGACAACUGUUAAGGGUCUUAACGCCCUAACAUACUAUGAUACGACUAUGUCCGUCGAGAAUACCUAUGACGCUAAGACAGUCGCUUCCGAGAAUGUAUUAAAAGUGCUCACUGCUCCAAAUCCACCAACGGCAGAAGUGACACACGUCGGCGACACCUGGAUGAGAGUAUCAUUGGUUCCCGCGGCGGCCGGCGAAAACCUCAAUUUGACCUAUACAGUCAUAAUAUCUAACCUAUCUGGGUACAAAGCCGAAUGCACUCCUGAUGAACAACUCAGCUGUGAUUUUGAUGGGUUGGAGAAGGGAACGGAGUACUCAUUAGUAACCAAGGCUUGUUAUGAUAAACUAUGCAGCGUUGAAUCACAACCGUUUAAUGCGACAACGGGAAAUACACGUGAGUAA